ACGCCCGCUACCUCCUAAAGAAAGGAGUCAGCGAUGGUCCAGAGACCGCAGAAGGCGAAGAGUAGCAGCAACACUUGAGACUAUUCCUCUUUAGGAAGGAAAGCGACUAGUUAGUAAAGGACCAUCAAAUUGAAUUCCACUCGAUUUGAAGAACGAAACGAGUAUUUAAAUGCAACGCUGCUUGAUAUAUGAGAAAAGUAUGGCAGCCGAGACGAAGACCGGCGGGAGUUCUCAGAGCAACUGUAAGGACCACAGCCGGAGAAAGUUACUGGUGGGAGUGGACCUUUUCUGCUUGUUUUUAGCCGGCCUGCCUUUCUUGGUCAUUGAGACCAGCGCUGUUCAGCCUUACCGUAGAGGGUUUUACUGCGAUGAUGAGUCCAUCAAGUACCCAGCCAAAAAUGGAGACACCAUUAGCGAUGGUGUGCUUAGCGCUGCUGGCAUUCUUAUCACCAUCCUGUCUAUCAUCAUUGGGGAGAGCUACCGGAUCUACUUUCUCAACGAGGGUUCCAAGUCGUUUGUCGGGAAUCCAUACAUCUCCGCCCUCUACAAACAAGUGGGCGUGUUCAUCUUCGGCUGUGCCAUCAGCCAGUCUUUCACCGACAUUGCCAAAGUGUCUGUGGGCCGCCUGCGUCCUCACUUUCUUGACGUGUGCAAACCAGACUUCACCACUAUCAACUGCUCCCUGGGCUACAUCACAGACUACAUGUGUCAGGGGCCCGAGAGCAAAGUCCAGGAAGCCAGGAAGUCUUUCUUCUCUGGACAUGCGUCAUUCUCCAUGUACACCAUGCUCUAUCUGGUGUUUUACCUGCAGUCUCGUUUCACUUGGCACGGAGGCCGCCUGCUGCGCCCGCUGACCCAGUUCACUCUCGUCAUGAUGUCCUUCUACACCGGCUUGUCCCGUGUCUCUGAUCACAAGCAUCACCCCACCGAUGUCCUGGCUGGUUUUGUUCAGGGCGCCCUGGUGGCCUACUGCAUUGUGUUCUUUGUAUCCGACUUGUUCAAGGCCAAAGGGAGACGCUCCGCCUUAUCUCAGGCUCCUGUAAGAAAAGACCUUCUUCCGACAGUGGACAUCAGAGAGAGGAGCAAUCAUCUAAUAAUGGCAUAGCGUGCAGUGCAAAGGUGACCCGUGCCAUAGAACAAUCACUACGACACACACUGGCCUCUCAAACUGGGACAAAAUGAACUCUGACAGUGUGGAUCAAGCAGACCAGUAAGGAAUCUUUUGAACGUGGAAAAAGCAAAGCAGUGGAAAAUCAACAAGCGUGAUGCCCUUUCUCCGUGGAAACACGCAUCUUUUUCCUGAGGCUCGCUAGAUAGUUCCAUGUCGAAGAGACAGAAGACGAAUAGACCUCCUUUCCAGUCCUGUAUGCUCAGAAAGAGAUCAUCUCGGAGGACGUCUCGCUCUGUCACGUGACAAAUGGCAGCGGCGUUUUCCUGCCGCUCAUUCACUGAAACUGAUAGAAAAACUGUAAAAACAAAUUCCUUGAUUUUUAGGAAGGAUGUGUAUUACUUUUUUGUUGUUGAAAAAUUCAAGAUAUACACAUUUUAAAGGAAUGUUUGAUUUAUAGCACUAAUUUAGCUCUACACAUUUUAAUACCACUUGAAUGACCUGAAGUGAAGCUUUUGGAAAGCUUUGUAAGCGUUUGUGUCCAUGUAGUGUUGCAUAUAAAAAGUACCACAUGAGCUAGAGUGAGUAAAGGGAGAGGUGGGCUUGUGUGUUUGAUAGAUGUGGGCCUCUUUCUGCUGGCUAGGAUGAGCCCCCACUGAGCCAUUUAAUGAAAUGACUGCCUGUUACAUGCACCAGACGGGCGUUCGCAUAUGUGAGGUCAGCGUGUGUGUGUGUGUGUGUGUCUGUCUUCAUGUCUUGUCUAUAUAUUCUCGCGUUUACAGCCUCUCUGUCCAGCCGCAGACGGAACACCUGCACCGGCGCGCACACACAUGGAAGUCGAGACGUAACACUGUGGAAAACAAGCGUCACACGCUGCGCGCACACUAAACUCCUACUCUUCACAUCACUGACAAAGUCCUGUGACAACAUACUGUAUGUAUUCCACACAGGUGUUUAUGUACUAACUUAGUAAGACUGGCACUGUUUAGCACAGGUACCAAAGCACAACUUUAAAAAAGUAACUGUUUAUAGAUUUGGCACGCUGUAAAACACCUCACAAAAAGCUUCCAUUGAAUUAUGACAUAGAAAUCUUUUAAACCACUCAUCUUCUCAUAUGUUCUUUCCAUUAUUGUUGAAAAUAAAUGUAUGUACAGUACAUGUAUACAUUGUGUCAUUUGUGUGUGUUGUGUUGAAACACCCACUGGGACUACACCUGUGUAAAUGUUUAACAUGCUGCUUGAGGAUGCAAAUGUCAUUGUGAAGUGAUUGGCAGACAGCUUCAGUACAUUUAAACUGUGCCUUUCAGUAUUUUUGUAAUGUUUCCAGUUUUAUACAGUGUGUCUUAAAUAAAACACAAAAAAUGUGAA